GCGAGCUCAGACGCUUGGCGAGGGCGCGCUGCGGCUGCGAGCCGGUUCUGCCCGGGACCCUGCUCACUUUCAUCCAGCGCGGCACUCAAUGGAGGGGCGGUCACCGCCGUGCUUAAUGCUGUCCAACUAGUGUAGGAAAACAGCUCAAUUCACCGCUGCCGAAAUGAAGUAUAAGAAUCUUAUGGCAAGGGCCUUAUAUGACAAUGUCCCGGAGUGUGCUGAGGAACUGGCCUUUCGCAAGGGUGACAUCCUGACCGUCAUAGAGCAGAACACAGGAGGGCUGGAAGGCUGGUGGCUGUGCUCCUUACACGGUCGGCAGGGCAUUGUCCCAGGCAACCGGGUGAAGCUUCUGAUUGGUCCCAUGCAGGAGACCUCCUCCGGUCAUGACCAGCCUGCUUCUGGACUGAUGCACCAGGCUGUUGGCCAACAGAAGCUCUAUCAAGUGCCAAACCCACAGGCUGUUCCUCGAGACACCAUCUACCAAGUGCCACCUUCCUACCAAAAUCAGGGAAUUUACCAAGUACCCACUGGCCAUGGCACCCAAGAACAAGAUGUAUACCAAGUACCACCCUCAGUACAGAGAAGCGUUGGGGGAACCAGUGGGCCACACUUGAGUAAAAAGGCGAUAACCCCAGUGACAACAGGCCAUGGCUAUGUGUACGAGUACCCAACCAGGUACCAGAAGGACAUCUACGAUAUCCCUCCUUCCCAUGCCACUCAAGGGGUAUACGACAUCCCUCCCUCAUCCGUGAAAGGCCCUGUGUUUUCAGUUCCAGUGGGAGAGAUAAAGCCUCAAGGGGUAUAUGAUAUCCCUCCUACUAAAGGGGUAUAUGCCGUUCCACCCUCCACCUGCCGGGAUGAAGCAGGGCCUAGGGAGAAAGACUAUGAUUUCCUCCCUCCCCUGAGACAAGCUGGAAGGCCGGACAUCCGACCGGAGGGGGUUUAUGACAUCCCCCCAACCAGCAGCAAGCCAGUGGGGAAGGACCUUCACACGAAGUACAACUGUGAUGCUCCAGGAGCCACCGAGGCGGUGGCACGAAGGCACCAGAGCCUCUCCCUGAGCCACCCACCCCCACAGCUGGGACAGUCCCUGGGCACUCAGAACGACCCCUACGAUGUCCCCCGAGGAGUUCAGUUUCUUGAGCCGCCCGCAGAAACCAGUGACAAAGCAAACCCGGAUGAAAGGGAUGGUGUGUACGAUGUCCCUCUGCAUAACCCACCAGAUGCUAAAGGCUCUCGGGACGUGGUGGAUGGGAUCAACCGACUGUCUUUCUCCAGCACGGGCAGCACCAGGAGUAACAUGUCCACGUCCUCCACCUCCUCGAAGGAGUCCUCACUGUCAGCCUCCCCAUCUCCGGACAAAAGGCUCUUACUGGAUCCAGACACAGCUAUCGAGAGACUUCACAGGCUCCAGCAGGCCCUGGAGAUGGGCGUGUCCGGCCUAAUGGCGCUGGUCACCACAGACUGGCGGUGUUACCGAUACAUGGAAAGACACGUCAACGAGAUACGCACCUCGGUGGACAAGGUGGAGCUGUUCCUGCGGGAGUACCUCCACUUUGCCAAGGGAGCGGUAGCCAACGCCGCCUGCCUCCCGGAACUCACCCUCCACAACAAGAUGAAGCGGGAGCUCCAGAGAGUGGAAGACUCCCACCAGAUUCUGAGUCAGACCAGCCAUGACUUAAAUGAGUGCAGCUGGUCCCUAAAUAUCCUGGCCAUCAACAAGCCCCAAAACAAGUGUGAUGACCUGGACCGGUUUGUGAUGGUGGCCAAGACAGUGCCUGACGAUGCCAAGCAGCUCACCACGACCAUCAACACCAACGCAGAGGCCCUCUUCAGACCGGGCCCUGGCAGCCUGCAUCUGAAGAAUGGGCCCGAGAGCAUCAUGAACUCAACCGAGUACCCACAUGGUGGCUCCCCGAUGCAGCUGCUGCACCCUGGUGACCACAAGGCACAGGCCCACAAGCCAUUGCCCCCAAGCCUCGGCAAGGACCAGGCCCCUGACUGUAGCAGCAGCGAUGGUUCCGAAAGGAGCUGGAUGGAUGAUUAUGACUACGUCCACCUACAGGGUAAGGAGGAGUUUGAGAGGCAACAGAAGGAGCUGUUAGAAAAAGAGAAUAUCAUCAAACAGAACAAGAUGCAGCUGGAACACCAUCAGCUGAGUCAGUUCCAGCUGUUGGAACAAGAAAUCACAAAGCCGGUGGAGAAUGACAUCUCGAAGUGGAAGCCCUCACAGAACCUCCCGACCGCAAACAGCAGCGUGGGUGCUCAGGAUCGGCAGUUGCUCUGCUUCUACUAUGACCAGUGUGAGACUCAUUUCAUUUCCCUUCUCAACGCUAUCGACGCGCUCUUCAGUUGUGUCAGCUCAGCCCAGCCCCCACGGAUCUUUGUGGCGCAUAGUAAGUUUGUCAUCCUUAGCGCACACAAACUGGUGUUCAUUGGAGACACGCUGACAAGGCAGGUGGCUGCCCAGGACAUUCGCAACAAAGUGAUGAACUCCAGCAACCAGCUCUGCGAACAGCUCAAGACUAUAGUCAUGGCGACCAAGAUGGCCGCCCUCCAUUACCCCAGCACGACAGCCCUGCAGGAAAUGGUCCACCAAGUGACAGACUUGUCCAGGAACGCUCAGCUGUUCAAGCGGUCUUUGCUCGAGAUGGCAACGUUCUGAGAAGAAAAAGGAGGAAGAGGGGACUGAGUUAAGGGUUACUAAGGAAAACUGGAAAUACUAUCUGGUUUUUGUAAAUGUUAUCUAUUUUGUAGAUAUUUUAUAUGAAAAUGAAAUAUUUUAACAUUUUAUGGGUUAGACAACUUUCAGAAAUUCAGGGAGCUGGAGAGGGAAAUCUUUUUCUUUUCCCUGUGUGGUUCUUAUGUAUACCUAUAAGUACCUAAGACAUCAAGUGUACAAAAACUUGUCCACGUGCUUGUGUUUACCUGUGUAUUCAUGUUUGUUUGUAGAUGUUUGUCUGACACAUUCCAUUUUAAAAACAUGAAUUAAGAAGCACCUUAGUAAGCACCUCCAAAUGCUGCAUUUUUUUUUUCCUAGAAAACAUCCCAGCUGGUUGUCGUAUUGCUCUCCAUGUCCUAGUGAUGCUUCUGAGCCUGGCGCUCCCAAAUCUGGGAAUCAUGGUAUAUUUGCAAGUGUUCACCUCCCAAACAAUGAGCAUGGCAUGGCUUAUUCUUGUUUUGAAACCCCUUCCAAAAUUGACCAUCUUGAACACAUUGUGGCCCAAAAUGCCCACUUCCCACUGAAACAGCCCUCUUGGAGAGCAAAUUUCAGAAAGUAUAUGUUAAUGCAAGCUCUGAUGUUUCAGAUGCCGGAGAGAGAAGAGAGUAUGUUUAGAGGCCACGUCCACAGUUAGGAUUGGGGUAUUUCAACACUGAGAGGAAACUACAAUAAAAGGAAAGCACUUGUCUCCCUGGGGCUAUUUGAUCUGUAUUUGUGAAUGAUUCAGCCAUGAAGUUUUCCAAAGGAUGUUUUUAGAGUUGUAAAAACCAUAUUAUUUGCAGCAGGAAUUCACAAAGACACAUCAGACUGUGAUUGUCCACCAGAAGGAAGGGCUGGUUCCAUGGGCCAGUUGUAGGUUAGAGGCAUUUCUGACUCUUAACUUUCACUUAGGUGCUACUACCCCAUUACCAGAGGGAAACUGGCCAGUUCCUUCCUCAUUGAACUUUAGAGCCACCAGGCCAUAUCCUGCUCUCUAAGAGAAUUUAUUGCUUGGUCUUGCACCCUCUUUAAAAUUCACAUAUGCAGACUCCACACUCAGAGCAGCUGUGCAGAGUCCAUCUAAUUUUUACAACUUUGUGUGGCCAGUGACCUUGUGUAUAAGGUCAAAGGAACUAUCUAUUCCAUAGUCUGUCUCUUUACACCUACUUGUGUUAACAAAGCACAGACACCACAAGCCAUCAGACUCAUCAGAGGGCAAAUGCAAUACAUCUUACACAGUGGGUAAAUGUAUUCACAUAUUACCAAGUCAAAAAGAAUGUUAUCUAUGAUCUUUCAGACCGGCUCUUAUUUAAUGGUUUUAUUCUAGCCUAUUUGCAAACAUGUUUUUAUUUGCAAUAUAUGCCUUGACUGAAUUAAGCUUACUUGUUUUGAACAUUCAAAUCACUGGAACAGGAAAGGAUUUAGGAAAGAAAAAUGAAUGAUCUCAGUGUGAUUAAAAAAAAAAAGUGGAAAUAAAUUAUCAUAGAAAGUGCUUUUCAGAACAACUGCUAUUAUAAUUCUCAAAGUUCUACUCUGCCAAAAGAAGAUUAAAAGUUGUCCGGAGGAUGGGGGUUGCUGAAGAUAAACAACACUUGAAGAAGUUAAAAAGUAUGUCCAUGUAGAUUUCAUUGUAUAAUGUGUAUGUCUUAGGAGAUGGCAGACUUGAUCUAAGCUACAUAGUGACAUUUCACAUUUUUAAAACCAAAACGUUUAAUUUGUAUUACUCUUUUUGCCAUCUUGUAUGUAGAGGCUAUUUUUAAAUCAUUAAAUUUUUAAAUCUCUG